AUGGCGAACAACACUCUCGGCGUAUACGAGACCUUCUCCUCACACCUGACCACUCUGCUAUCACUCUGCCCACCGCACUUUAUCUACGUGUACGACCCUGAAAACCCCAAGAUCGCGUCUUCCGUCAUCCGCUCAGUGCUCUCCCAGCUCUCAGAGGAUCCUUCAUUGUCUCUGCGCUAUGCAUCCAUAGACGCCAUCUCGUGUUUCACCCAACGUCUGCUAUUCGAUACUGUGCUUAACUCGCUUGCCGGCUGGACACCGACUUGGGAGGAUGGAUGUGAAAACUGGUCUGGCGACGGCAUGCGAUACAACGAGAACAUAGACACAUUCUUGCACGGAUUGAGAGCAGUUCAAUCCUCGCUUCAGAGGGAGAACAGAGCAUCCCCUGAUAGUACGAGAAAAGGAAAGGGGAAGGUGACUGCAGAAGCUGAGCCUUGCCGAUUGGUUGUCAUGGUUGAACGUGCAGAACGUCUGAGGGACAACCUCUCGGAUUUAUUAAUUCCUCUGACACGCCUAGCUGAGCUGGCACGAUUGGACGUCGUUACCAUUCUCCUUUCGGAUGCUCCUUGGGAGGAUAUUCGCCCAACACUCGGCGCGUCUCCAGAGCCAUAUUAUAUGAACGCCCCGCUAAUAUCGAAACAAGCUACUCUCGAAAUGCUUACAUCUUUCUUUCCGUCCUCAAAUCCGUCCUGCUUGUACAUUGAUCCGGACGCAUACAACCCUGUUCUUAAGCCGCUUUAUAGCCACUUUAUUGCGACACUCUAUAGCAUCUGUGCCCCUUUCACUCGAGAUCCCUACGAGCUUGCAUACAUCGCGGCGUCUCGCUGGCCCGGCUUUGUCCAGCCCGUACUUGAUGCUCACAGGCAGCGUUUGCGAGCAUCUGAAGCCCGCGCCACGAGCAAUGCUGACGAGACAGGAUCUGAUAGCGAGGAAGAGAUGCUGGUUGAGAGUGAGCUCGAACCAGUCCUGGCACCGCCGGCGGAGGACGUCCGGAUCAGGCUCAUACGCCUCUUCACGCCUUCGUUCACUGCCGCCCUCGAGGCACUCUAUCCGCGCAUGGACAAUGCUGCUGACUGGGCGAAAGCGCACAUGCCACCCCCGAACCUUCUCGCAAUUCCCCCAAUGCAAGUACCCCGCGAAUUUAACAGCACCGAAGUGACUGGUCUGCAAGACUCUUCUGCGCUGUGUGUCGAGGCGCUUCCCAGGCUGGCGAAAUUCGUGCUCGUCGCGGCAUUUUUGGCGAGUACGAACCCACCGAAGAGCGACCUACGAAUGUUCGGUCGUGGUCGAGAUGAGCGCGCAAAACGCCCACGGAGAAAGGGCGGGAGCCCCAGGAAACCAAAGGCGGGAAGCACUGCAGGUGGCGUGAAGAUACCGCAGAGGCUCUUAGGUCCUACGCCUUUCACCCUCGACAGGAUGAUCGCAAUUCUGGGGGUGCUGCUUGAGGAAAAUGACGUGGAGACACGCCCGGCGGCUCCGCAGUAUUCCCAGCCUGGCGAGUACACCGACAUGGAGAUCUCGCGUGUGGCUCUAUACGCUCAGGUCAUGGAGUUGGCUUCGAUGCGUCUCCUGAUCCGCACUUCCCCUGCGGACAAAUUGGACACAACGCCCACGUUCAAAUGUGGGAUUUCUUAUGCUGUAGCACUUCGAGUGGCGAAGGACAUAGAAAUUAUACUAAAUGACCUCAUGUGGGAGCCUGCGUGA